AUGUAGGUUUGUUGUAUUGUGUAUGGCAAAUAAAAAGAAUGUAAGGAAAAAUAAGAUUUACCUGUACGAUUCUUGAUAGUGAUAACAAAGAAGCAUCUCUUAUCUAUCAGGACCCGACGGUAUCCAAACAAAACAAUGACAUAAAUAAUGGAAUAAGUUAACCAACCAGCAAUAUUAAUUAAUUAAAAGUUAAAAUAAUGUUGACUCGACGAAAGAAACAGAAUUACAGACGAGAAGCCAUCACCGUAAUCUCUCUUAUCUAAAGAUAAGAGAAGUGAAUACGUAACACUUAUUUGUCUUUUAGUCAUACGUGUGACGAUCAUAAAACUUACACCACGUGAAUAGCAAAGAUAGCAAUGUUACCUUUUACCUAUACCAGUACAGUUUCGGGGUGGAUAGUUUUAGUUUCGUUUUCUGUCUUCCUUUCUCACUAACUCCAGCGAAAAUAUAUCAAUAAAAUCUUGUUUUUUUUGUGAUUGUCAAGUAGUGGAGCACAUCCGAAACAAAAAAGGACGAAGAGUAGAGAUAAGAAAAUACCGAUAUAUUCAGAUAAAAAACAAGAUCUUUAAACUUUGAUCUUCGUACUGAAAUAUGGAGGGAAGUCAGGAAUUGGAAAGUUUGGCUUUAAAUGCAGCGACAGAAAAAAUAGCAGACAGUAUUAAUAUAAAAGACUCAACCGUCCUUGUAGGAAAUGUUUAUAAUAUAAAUCAGCCAUCCAGUUCAACUGAUAAAAAUGAUUCAGAAUCUUUUCAGAUACAGAGAGAAUCUUUAAUGAAUUAUUACAAGACUAAAAAUGCUUACAUGAUGUCUUUGUUGUGGAGUAUAACAAGCGAAGACUUUCCCUUAAAAGACUACUUCGUCGAACUUACUGUUCAGAAAGCAGAUUUAUUAGGGAAAAAGGCAAGAGAAACUAUUCAGUUGAGAGAGAUUUUUCCAAAAUCAAUCCAGGGACAUGUUUUGUUAGUCACUGGUAAUCCCGGUUAUGGCAAAACUACCUUUUGUAAGAAAAUAGCCUACGAUUGGGGUACCGAUACAUCCCGUACCGAUUAUUUAGGACAUUACGAUUUUAUUGUCGUCAUUACUUUGCGAGAAUUAGAGAAGAAAAGUAUAACAGAUGAAAUUCUCCAAUGCAUCUGUGAAAAUACAGAUUCCAAUUCUAGAGAUAAGUUAAGACAGAGAGGAUUUAAUAUACUAAUCAUUCUGGAUGGAUUCGACGAAACAAAUCAUAAAGAUUCCAUUAUACAGUUUAUUGAAAAAGAUUCGUUCCAUAUUUCUAAAGAAAUGACAAUUCUUGUUACUUGCCGUCCUCACGCUGCCGAAAAUAUAAGAAAAUACGCACAUAUGAGAUUCGCUAUUCGAGGAUUUUCACAAGAACAGAAAGAAAAAUAUAUUAAAUUAAUUAUUAAUGAUGAUAACGGCAGACGGGAUGAACUUUUAAACUUAAUAAAAUACAGCAAUUUUCAUUCCGCCUUAGCUGAAUGUCCAUUAAUGUUGCACAUGUUAUGCUGUCUACCAAAAACGAAAUAGUUUCACAAAAUACAAACUAAAACAGAUUUGUUUAUUCAAAUUUUUCGUCUGGUAAUAAAAAGAUAUAUGAGAAAAAUGGAAGAAAAACAUAAUUUAAAAAAAGGAAAGUUUUUCUAUGGAGAAGACUUACUAGUUAAAUUGGGAGAAAUACAUUUGGACAAAAGAUCCAAAAUGAGUAAAAUACAUAAGUCCACAUCAAUGUACGAGAUUCACAAAUUGCUAACAUUAACAGAUAAACAGUUGAAGAAAAAGUUUCCGGAAGAAAAAGACUAUCAAUUUAUAUUAAGACUAGAUAUUUUUGCAAAGUAUUUUGAGGUAGACGGAAUUAGUUGUUUCGAUUUUAUACAUAGAAGCUUUCUUGACUUUAUCAUUGCUCUUUGUUAUUACCAUUCAAAACAUAUCUCUCUAGAUUGUGACAACGAUUUUAUAAUUCUAAGGUUUCUCUGCGGUCUUUGUGGAGAUGAAGAAUUUUCAAAUAAUUUCAUAUCCGCUAUUCAACAGAAUGUUUUUCAUCCUACAUUUUGGCUCGAAUGUGUUAGUGAAA